CUCUGAAGGAAACUCCAAAGAGAAAGCGGAGGGGGAGGAAGCACACAGCGGUCUGCAGGUGUGUGGGCCACGGCCAGGAGUGGCUGACGCGCCGACCUCCGCCCCACACACACACCUGCAGCCCCAGCCCCUUGCAGGCAAGGCCACCUCCCAGCUGCCCGGUCGCCUCCUUCCCAUCCUCUCCUCAGCGCCACCGCAGCCAUGGCAGGCAUGAAGACAGCCACCGGGGACUACAUCGACUCGUCCUGGGAGCUGCGCGUGUUCAUAGGCGAGGAGGACCCGGAGGCCGAGUCGCUCACCCUCCGCGUCACAGGGGAGUCACACAUCGGUGGUGUGCUCCUGAAGAUUGUGGAGGAGAUCAAACGCAAGCAGGACUGGUCAGACCACGCCAUUUGGUGGGAACAGAAAAGGCAGUGGCUGCUGCAGACCCACUGGACGCUGGACAAAUACGGGAUCCUGGCCGACGCCCGUCUCUUCUUCGGGCCCCAGCACCGGCCCGUCAUCCUGCGGCUGCCCAACCGCCGGGCGCUGCGCCUCCGCGCCAGCUUCUCCCAGCCCCUCUUCCAGGCCAUGGUGGCCAUCUGCCGGCUCCUCAGUAUCCGGCACCCUGAGGAGCUGUCUCUGCUCCGGGCUCCCGAGAAGGAGAAGAAGAAGAAGAAAGAAAAGGAGCCGGAGGAGGAGGUGUAUGACCUGACCAAGGUCGUCCUGGUCGGGGGCGUGGCCCCUGCGUCGUUCCGGGGGAUGCCAGCCCACUUCUCAGACAGCGCCCAGACGGAGGCCUGCUACCACAUGCUGAGCCGGCCGCAGCCCCCGCCGGACCCCCUUCUGCUGCAGCGCCUGCCUCGGCCCAGCUCCCUCUUGGACAAAACCCAGCUCCACAGCAGGUGGCUGGACUCCUCGCGGUGCCUCAUGCAGCAGGGCGUCAAGGCUGGGGAUACACUCUGGCUGCGCUUCAAGUACUACAGCUUCUUUGACCUGGAUCCCAAGACAGACCCAGUGCGGCUGACCCAGUUGUACGAGCAGGCUCGGUGGGACCUGCUGCUGGAAGAGAUUGACUGCACCGAGGAGGAGAUGAUGGUGUUUGCAGCCCUACAGUACCACAUCAACAAGCUGUCCCAGAGCGGGGAGGUGGACGAACCGGCAGGCACAGACUCAGGGCUGGACGACCUGGAUGCAGCCCUGAGCAACCUGGAGGUGAAGCUGGAGGGGUCGGCACCCACGGACAUGCUGGACAGCCUCACCACCAUCCCAGAACUCAAGGACCAUCUCCGGAUCUUCCGGCCCCGGAAACUGACUCUGAAGGGGUACCGCCAGCACUGGGUGGUGUUCAAGGAGACCACCCUGUCCUACUACAAGAGCCAGGAAGAGGCCCCCGCGGACCCCAUCCAGCAGCUCAACCUCAAGGGCUGUGAAGUGGUCCCCGAUGUCAACGUCUCAGGCCAGAAGUUCUGCAUCAAACUCCUGGUGCCCUCCCCUGAGGGCAUGAGUGAGAUCUACCUGCGCUGCCAGGAUGAACAGCAGUAUGCCCGCUGGAUGGCUGGUUGCCGACUGGCCUCCAAGGGCCGCACCAUGGCGGACAGCAGCUACUCCAGCGAGGUGCAGGCCAUCCUGGCCUUCCUCAGCCUGCAGCGGACAGGCGGCGGCGGCGGCGGGGGCUCUGGCAACCAUCCUCAGGGUCCUGAUGCCUCCGCCGAGGGCCUCAACCCUUAUGGCCUUGUGGCCCCACGCUUCCAGAGAAAGUUCAAGGCCAAACAGCUCACUCCACGGAUCCUGGAAGCCCACCAGAACGUGGCCCAGCUCUCAUUGUCUGAGGCCCAGCUGCGUUUCAUCCAGGCCUGGCAGUCCCUCCCCGACUUCGGCAUCUCCUAUGUUGUGGUCAGGUUCAAGGGCAGCAGGAAAGAUGAGAUCCUGGGCAUCGCCAACAACCGGCUGAUCCGCAUUGACUUGUCCGUGGGCGACGUGGUCAAGACCUGGCGCUUCAGCAACAUGCGCCAGUGGAAUGUCAACUGGGACAUCCGGCAGGUGGCCAUCGAGUUUGACGAGCACAUCAACGUGGCUUUCAGCUGCGUGUCCGCCAGCUGCCGCAUUGUGCAUGAGUACAUUGGGGGCUACAUCUUCCUGUCCACGCGGGAGAGGGCCCGGGGGGAGGAGCUGGAUGAGGACCUCUUCCUGCAGCUCACGGGAGGCCACGAGGCCUUUUGAAGCCUGUCUCACUGCCCCCGCCUGCUCACCACCUGCCAUGACCACUCCUAAGUCCACACCCACUGGGACUCACCAUCCACACCCUCUCCAGACAUGCAACGACCGAGCCGGACCCAUUCACUCACUGUCACUGGUUUUGUGUAGACCAGGGUCCUGGCUGGGUCAGACCCUGCCAUCCUCCGGGAGGGUGGGCCCUCAUUUGCACAGCACCCGCCCUUCCCUUGUCUGAGUGGCCAGGACCAACACCUCUGACCCAGCUGAAGUCCCUGAGCACACGAGGAAGACUGGCUGCAGCCACAGGAUGAUAACUCAGAGUUUCAUACAUUUUUUAAAAAAUAAAUAUUUUAUUGUUGGGUCAUCCCUCUUCCUCUGGA